AAUUCAGUGUUAUAAUGAUUGAACAAAGUGUUACAUACAUACAGAAUUGGGAAAUAUUUAUUCUGAUUUAUACAAAAGUGGGAAAGAAGUGGAUUUGGGAAGGCUUCAGGGAGAGAUGAUAUUGCCCUGUGGGUUAAGUGACUAACAAGUAAAGAUGGAGAGAAGAGGAGCAAACAAAGGACCAGGGGCAAGGAAGCGCAAGGGUGUGCUUGAGAAACGGUGAGACUACAUGGUGUUAGAAAACAAUGUGAACAAUUAACUCCUAUCUCUAGACUUUUUGCUAUACAAGCCAUCAUUGACUGGAGAUUCUGUUGCUUGCAGCUAAAUACAAUCCUCAUAGACUGCUCAGUAACUAUGUGUUGAAUGAAUAAAUAGAGAAAUGCAAAGAUGACUGAAUGAAAGAUCAAAGACCCCCAACUCCAAUUCAGGGUCUCCAGCUGCCCUGGUGGACAGUAGAUGCUUUUGUCUGUCCAACCUCCCUUCCUUCAUGCUAGUAAUAGUGAGCUCCUAUUUCCCUUAACUUCCUUUCUCCAACUCCAGAUGGUUUUUCUGGAACUGCCAAUUACAUUAUAUCCUGCCACCUCCACCCCACCUCCAAAAUAAUGGGAUGGUCAUAUGACUCAAAGAAGCUAAUCGGAAUAUUUACUUUGGAUUUGAUGUUCAAAGACUAAUAGUUAGAAUUUCUCUCUUUCCUUUAUGUUUCCAGUUAAAAGGUUGCAACCUUAGAGAUACUGGUAGCCAUAUACCUUGUUGCACAGGAGAGCCUGAGAAAAUUAGGACUACGUACAGAGAGAAGCUGAGAUGAGAUACAGAGAGAGUGGUGGAUCUAAUUUAAUUCCUGGAUUCAGUUGUGCCUGAGGACAUCUCUGCCUUUUUCCCAUAGGAGAAAAUAAUUGUGCUGUUUCCCUUUUUGGGUUGAGUUAGCUUGAGGUGCAUUUCUGUCACCUGCAAUUGAAAGAAUCCUGUGUAAUAGUCACUAACUAGCAACAUUAUUUGUUAAAUAAUAAUUUUUACCAUUUUGGACCUCAGUUUCCUUAUCUAUAAAUAACGGGGGUUGGACAAGAUAUUCAAUAUUCCUUCAAGCUCAGUUUGCAUUUUUCACACUUCUAUAACAACUGGAAAGUUUGAACCAAAAUAUGCUUAACUAAAUCCUUUUAAUUUUGUUAAAAAGAAAAAUAAUCUAUAAAGGAAAUUUUUUUUUAAUUUAGUAUUUAUUGAUCAUUCUUGGGUGUUUCUUGGAGAGGGUUAUGUGGCAGGGUCAUAGGAUAAUAGUGGAUAGAAGGUCAGCAGAUAAACACGUGAACAGAGGUCUCUGGUUUUCCUAGGCAGAGGUCCCUGCGGCCUUCCGCAGUGUUUGUGUCCCUGGGUACUUGAGAUUAGGGAGUGGUGAUGACUCUUAACGAGCAUGCUGCCUUCAAGCAUCUGUUUAACAAAGCACAUCUUGCACCACCCUUAAUCCAUUUAACCCUGAGUUGACACAGCACAUGUUUCAGAGAGCACGGGGUUGGGGGUGAGGUUAUAGAUUAACAGCAUCCCAAGGCAGAAGAAUUUUUCUUAGUACAGAACAAAAUGGAGUCUCCUAUGUCUACUUCUUUCUACACAGACACAGUAACAAUCUGAUCUCUCUUUCUUUUCCCCACAUUUCCCCCUUUUCUUUUCGACAAAAGCGCCAUCGUCAUCAUGGCCCAUUCUCAAUGGUCACUGUCUCUUCAGAGCUGUUGGGUACACCUUCCAGAUGGGACGGCCGGGCAGAGGUGCUUCUCACUUCCCAGAUGGGGCAGCCGGGCAGAGGCGCUUCUCACUUCCCAGACGAUGGGCGGCCGGGCAGAGACGCUCCUCACAUCCCAGACGAUGGGUGGCCGGGCAGAGGCGCUCCUCACAUCCCAGACGAUGGGCGGCUGGGCAGAGGCGCUCCUCACCUCCCAGACGACGGGCGGGCGGGCAGAGACGCUCCUCACCUCCCAGACGGGGCGGCUGGGCAGAGGCGCUCCUCACAUCACAGAUGAUGGGUGGCCGGGCAGAGGCGCUCCCCACUUCCCAGACGAUGGGCGGCCGGGCAGAGGCGCUCCCCACCUCCCAGACUGGGCGGCCGGGCAGAGGCGCUCCCCGCCUCCCAGACGGGACGGCCGGGCAGAGGUGCUCCCCACUUCCCAGACAGGGCGGCCGGGCAGAGGCGCUCCCCACUUCCCAGACUGGGCGGCCGGGCAGAGGCGCUCCCCACUUCCCAGACGAUGGGUGGCCGGGCAGAGGCGCUCCCCACCUCCCAGACGGGGCGGCCGGGCAGAGGUGCUCCCCACUUCCCAGAUGGGGCAGCCGGGCAGAGGCGCUCCUCACCUCCCAGAUGGGGCAGCCGGGCACAGAGGCUCCUCACCUCCCAGAUGGGGCAGCUGGGCAGAGGCGCUUCUCACCUCCCAGAUGAAGGGCGGCCAGCCAGAGGCGCUCCUCACAUCCCAGAUGAUGGGCGGCCGGGCAGAGAUGCUCCUCACCUCCCCGACGGGGUGGCUGGGCAGAGGCACUCCCCACUUCCCAGACAGGGCGGCUGGGCAGAGGCGCUCCUCAGUUCCCAGACAGGGCGGCCGGGCAGAGGCGCUCCUCACAUCCCAGACGGGGUGGCGGCCGGGAAGAGGCGCUCCUCACGUCACAGAUGGGGUGUCUGGGCAGAGGCGCUCCUCACUUCCCAGAUGGGGUGGCCGAGCAGAGGCGCUCCUCACAUCCCAGAUGGGGUGGCCGGGCAGAGGCGCUCCCCACUUCCCAGAUGGGGUGGCGGCCGGGCAGAGGUGCUCCUCAGUUGCCAGAUGGGGCUGCCAGUCAGAGGCGCUCCUUGCCUCCCAGGCGGGGUGGCAGCCGGGCAGAGGCGCUCCUCACAUCCCAGACAGGGUGGCCGGGCAGAGGCGCUCCUCACUUCCCAGACAGGGCGGCCGGGCAGAGGCGCUCCUCACAUCCCAGAUGAUGGGCGGCCAGGCAGAGACGCUCCUCACUUCCUAGACGGGGUGGCGGCCGGGCAGAGGCGCUCCUCACAUCCCAGACGAUGGGCGGCCAGGCAGAGAUGCUCCUCACUUCCUAGACGGGGUGGUGGCCGGGCAGAGGCACUCCUCACUUCCUAGACGGGGCAGCUGGGCAGAGGGGCUCCUCACAUCCCAGACGAUAGGCGGUCAGGCAGAGACGCUGCUCACUUCCUAGACGGGGUGGCAGGCAGGCAGAGGCUACAAUCUUAGCACUUUGGGAGGCCAAGGCAGGCGGCUGGGAGGUGGAGGUUGUAGCAAGCCGAGAUCACACCACUGCACUCCAGCCUGGACAACAUUGAGCAUUGAGUGAGCGAGACUCCGUCUGCAAUCCCAGCACCUUGGGAGGCCGAGGGGGGCAGAUCACCCGAGGCCAGGAGCUGGAGACCAGCCCGGUCAACACGGUGAAACCCC